AUGUGCGUUAAUACCCUCAUCAAGUGUAUAGAAGAUGAACGUGUACAAUGUAUUGGCUAUUCAUAUUGUGAAUACCUAGGCCCCAGACACUGGUUCCAGUUCGCAGACGAUACUGCACUAGUUACAACAUCCGAAGAAGAUAACCAAGCUCUCCUCGACGUAUUCACUAAAUGGUGCCGCUGGGCAGGCUUCCAAGUUAGAGUUAAUAAAUGCUCUAGAUUUGGAAUCAAGCACAACGGGAAAAAGGCUACGCAGUUUAAGCCUUAUCUCAAAGUAAAUAAUCAGAUGAUUCCUCAGGUUGAGAUUCAUUCCAAUAUCUAUAUUCAUUCCGAAUCAUUCCAAUAUCUAGGAAAGCAAUUCAAUUAUAAAAUGGACAUGGUCGUAAUCGAACAGGAACUAGAAUAUGAUCUUUUGGAAUAUUUAGAGAAAAUUAACAGGCUUCCUUUGCACCCUAGAAAUAAAAUUCUGAUUAUCACGAAGUACGUCUACAGUAAACUGCGAUGGCGUUUAUCAAUCUACAGGCUUUCACAAAGCUGGGUGGAACAGCACUUAGAUGACAAGUUCAUCUCUUAUGUAAAGCGUUGGCUACACUUCCAUAAAGGUGCAAACCUGACGCAUCUGAAGUUAGCUAGCAGCAAAUUUGGUGUCGGUCUCCAACUGGCUUCUGAUGUUCACAGAUACUGUAAGCUGUCUAUUAGAAAAAUUCUUUCUAAAUCCAUCAACAAUGAUAUCAGAUGCCUGUUCAAUCUUACCAAGUUUAAUAAUGUGCAAACUGAUUGCUUGAUUUAUAAUAAUGACAACCCUAGGUCAGCUCUUAAGCAACAAAUCGAAAAUACCGUGGUGGAACACCUCUCGACCCUUAAGGAACAGAAUACGAUAAUGAAACACGUUAGACAGGUAGCAUCACCUAAGCACAUAACGAUGUGGGACAACAUCUGCCGCCAAAUGCCAAAGAAUAUAUUCGUGUUUGUGAGACGAGCCUUGAUACAUUCCCUGCCGAAUAAUUCAAAUCUGUGUCGAUGGGGGAAAAGAGAUAACCCAUUGUGUGAAUUGUGCUACUCAAACAAACAAACACAACUCCACAUGCUCUCUGCCUGCCCGGUUUCGGCAGAUGAAGGUCGAUACACUUGGCGACAUGAUUCAAUCCUUUACACUUUGCUUCACUAUAUAUCUCAACUAAAGGAAUACGGAUUUCGAAUCUAUGCUGAUCUUGACAAUUUCGACAAUCCUAACGAACUCUUCCAUUCAAUGCGUCCGGACAUUGUAUUAAUAAAAGAUGACAGAAUCUUCAUCUUGGAAUUGACGUGCUGCUUUGAAACAAACUCUGAAAAGAGCAGGAACCUAAAGAUCAACAAAUAUGGGGAUAUUCAAAAUGAUUGCAAGAAAAGGUUUCGACACUGGAGAAAGAUUUUCGUUGAAUUUACGACACUUGGACUAGUAACAAAACAUAUAGAUGAUUUAUACAGUGUUUUUAAAAAACAAACAUUAAUUAUAAGAGAAUGA